AUGCGCCCUCAGUGGGAUUAUAACACGGCACAAGGUGCGGAAUAUUCAGUACUAAAGACUCCUCUGGGAAAGAUUAGGAAUAAAAGAACACUAGUAGUCGGAGCUACAGUACAAAAAUCUUACCUGUGGACCACUUCUCAGACAGUGGACUUGGAAAAGAGUGUGGUAACUCACUCGUUUCUAGUCAUUCCUGAAUGCCCCAUACCCCUACUGAGACGAGAUUUACUCACGAAAUUAAAGGCACAAAUAACCUUCACCUCCUCUGGGCCGCAAUUGUCCUGGGGAACGACCCCUCCCCAAGCAUUGGAACUAUCUUUGCAAUUGGGAGAAGAGUAUCAGAUUUAUCAAAAGAAGUUAAAGGCUGCCACCCCUGAGAGGCUAAAGGACUGGCUUGAUUGGUUUCCCCUGGCUUGGGCUGAAACAGGAGGGAUGGGAAUGGCAAGACAAGCCCCUCCAGUAGGGGUAGAGCUCAAGUCUGGGGCCACCCCCAUUAGGAUUCGUCAGUACCCUAUGGGGAAGGAAGCUCGGGAGGGGAUACGUCCUCACAUCGAUCGUCUAAUCCAUGAAGGGAUCCUGGUCCCCUGUAAAUCUGCUUGGAAUACCCCCCUUCUUCCAGUAAAGAAGUCAGGGACGGGUGAUUAUCACCCUGUGCAAGACCUUAGAGAAGUUAACAAAAGAAUAUAGGAUAUACACCCCACCGUUCCCAACCCUUAUAAUCUGCUCAUCACACUGCCACCUGAACGAGCCUGGUAUACAGUGUUAGACCUUAAAGAUGCCUUCUUUUGUCUGACAUUGCACCCUAACAGUUAACCCCUGUUCGCCUUCGAAUGGCGGGACCCUGAGAGUGGCCAAACAGGGCAGCUCACAUGGACCAGGUUGCCUCAAGGGUUCAAAAAUUCUCCAACCUUGUUUGAUGAGGCCUUGCAUUGGGACUUGGCUCCUUUUCAGGCCCGCAAUCCACAUGAGACCCUUCUGCAAUAUGUAGAUGACCUUCUCCUUGCAACCGAGACACACAAGGAAUGCAAGCGUGGGACACAGAAUCUCCUGGCUGAGUUAGGUGAGUUGGGGAAUCGGGCUUCAGCUAAAAAGGCACAGCUGUGCCAGACGGAGGUGACCUAUUUGGGAAACACCCUGAAGAAUGGACAGCGAUGGCUUACAGAAGCGAGAAAGCAGACAGUGACACAGAUCCCAACCCCAAACACCCCUCGCCAGGUAAAUGAAUUUCUGGGAAUGGCGGGGUUCUGCAGGCUCUGGAUCCCAGGGUUUGCUACCCUGGCGGCCCCCUUAUACUCAUUGACCAAAAAAGGAGAAUUUGUGUGGACUGAGGAAUACCAAUUGGCUUUCGAAACCCUAAAAAAGGCACUGCUACAGGCCCCCGCCCUAGCACUACCAGACCUGAAAAAGCCUUUUACCCUGUAUAUCGAUGAGAAAAAUGGAGUAGCAAGAGGGGUCCUUACUCAGACAUUGGGACCAUGGAAGUGCCCUGUAGCUUACCUGUCAAAGAAAAUGGACCCAGUAGCCAGCGGAUGGCCCUCAUGUUUACAGGCAAUUGCAGCUACUGCAGUGCUAGUGAAAGAUGCUGAUAAAUUGACCAUGGGCCAGAAUGGGACCAUAGUGGCCCCACAUUCCCUUGAGAGCAUCAUCCGACAGCCCCCAGAUCAUUGGAUGACUAGUGCCAGGAUGACCCACUACCAGAGUUUAUUGCUGACUGAGCGAGUGACCUUUGCUCCACCUGCUAUUCUCAACCCUGACACCUUACUACCUGAAGCUAACGAAGCCCCCAUAUACCACUGUGGAGAUAUAUUGGCCGAGGAGGUCAGGACCCGGUCAGACAUAACUGACCAUCCCUGGCCCGGGGCUAUGACUUGGUUCACUGACGGCAGCAGCUUCGUGGUGGAAGGUAAGCGGAGGGCUGGGGCAGUGGUAGUGGAUGGAAAAUCUGUUGUAUGGGCCAGCAGUUUGCCUGAAGGGACAUCAGCUCAGAAGGCAGAGCUCAUUGCACUGACCCAAGCCUUGAGGCUUGCAGAGGGAAAAGCUGUCAAUAUCUACACCGACAGCCGGUAUGCCUUUGCAACCGCUCACGUCCAUGGGGCAAUAUACAGGCAGCACGGACUAUUAACUUCCACUGAAAAAGAGAUUAAAAACAAAGAAGAAAUCCUUAGCCUGCUAGAAGCUGUUCAUUUGCCCCGUAAGGUGGCAAUCAUUCACUGUCUAGGACAUCAGAAGGGAAAUAGGCCAAUAGAAAACGGGAAUCAAAUGGCAGACCAGAUGGCAAAAGAUGCAGCACAAGGGCCACAAAUUUUAACCAUUAAAGCCCCAUCACAGCCAGCUGAGGAGAUUUUAGAAAAGCGGACUCUCACAAGAGAAGAGGGGCUAGAAUACCUGACUAAUAUACAUCGCCUCACCCACCUGGGGGAAAAAAAGAUGAUAAAGCUGGUCGGUAAGUCCCCUUAUCAUAUCCCACAGCUACACAGGAUAGUAGAAGACUUAGUAAAGAAUUGCCAAGUUUGCGCACUCACUAAUGCGGUGCCAAACAGAACCCAUGGCGGAAAACGUUUAAGAGGGGAUAGACCGGGAACCUAUUGGGAAGUUGAUUUUACUGAGGUAAAGCCAGCGAAAUAUAGAAAUAAAUACCUUCUAGUUUUUAUAGACACUUUCUCAGGGUGGGUGGAGGCCUUUCCCACCAAAAGAGAGAUGGCUAACAUGGUAACCAGGAAGAUACUUGAAGAAAUUUUUCCUCGUUUUGGAAUACCUAAGUCAGACAAUGGACCCGCCUUCAUCGCCCAGGUAAGUCAGGGAUUGGCCAGACAACUGGGGAUAAAUUGGAAGUUACAUUGUGCCUAUAGACCCCAGAGUUCAGGACAGGUAGAAAGAAUGAAUAGAACUCUAAAAGAGACACUAACUAAAUUGUCCUUGGAGACCGGCAGAAAUGAUUGGGCAGCCUUUCUCCCCUAUGCCCUGUUCCAGGUUCGGAAUACUCCCGGAGCUUCAGGUUUAACACCUUUUGAAUUAAUGUUUGGGGUGCCCCCGCCCAUUCACAUGACCACAGAAGGAAAGGCUUGUUCUGACGAACUCCUCUCCUUCAUCCCCCCUUCUCGCCUUCUAGCCUGGUUAAAGGCCCUAGAGAUUGUCUGAAAGGAGAUCUGGGAGCAGUUGAAGGAGACCUACACAGCAGAUGACCUCCAAGUGCCACAUCGCUUUGAAGUGGGAGAUGCAGUACUGGUGAGAUGACAUCGAACAGGCAGCCUCGAGCCUCGGUGGAAGGGACCCUACCUAGUACUGCUGACCACGCCAACUGCUGUGAAAGUGGAAGGAAUCCCCACCUGGGUCCAUGCCUCGCACUUCAAGAAGGCCCCACCCUCCGGACCCAAUCAAGAGGAGUGGAUCCUGGAGAAGACUAAUAAUCCUCUUAAGCUGCACCUAUGCCGCUUGCACCCCACUGAAGAUUGA